AUGAGUCCCUAUGACUACGAGUCAGAGAUUCAGAAAUACCCCGAAGUAAUCCUCAAACUUCCGAACUACGAUGGUGUCACAAUUGUUGCGCCGUCAAAUUCUGCCUUUGAGAACAUCCCAGGCACCCAACUAAACGGAAUCUGGAACGAAUCAGACGCAUCAAUCGCAGUCCCCAUCUUGGAAUACCACAUCCUCCAGGGCACAGUCUCAACUGGCGCCCUUGAAUCGGGACCCUCGGUGCUCCGAUCCUCACUACUUCUAAACAAAGCCUGGACCAACGUGACCACGGGGCAGAACGUCCUCGUUAACAAGCAGCCGGGCGACGUCAUUGUCUUCACCUCGUCCGAGGGUAUUCGCACCACCCAGGUCGAGGGGGACAUCAAGUUCGCCGGCGGUCUCAUCCAGGUGGUCGACAAUCUCUUGAUCCCGCCCGCCAGGCUGGAGAAUACGACGGACUCGUUCAAGCUCCCAGCCUUCCUCGGCGCGCUGUACGCCGCCAAACUCCUCCCGUCGAUAGCGGAGGAGAAGAACGUCACAAUCUUUGCGCCCCGCAACGAGGCAUUCCAACGCGUCGCCGGCUCCCUGAAUAACCUCGACGAAGAUGCCUUGAAGAAGUUCCUCAACUACCACGUCGUACCUGGUCAGAUCCUAGCCUCCUCGGACCUGAAGAACGGCACCAACCUCACCACCAUAGCUACAGAGGACCUGAGCGUCAUCCGAUCCGGCAAUAACCUCUUCCUGAACUCAGCUCAAGUGAUCCAGCCAGAUAUCCUCAUCGCUAACGGCAUCAUGCACAUCAUCGACAACGUGCUGAAUCCGGAUGCCCCGUCCCUGACGCCCAACCCCAGCGCCGUCACCCAGCCGCCCGCCUACCCCGAGAGCUCGGGCUCUGGGCUGCCGUUCACAACGGCGAUCCCCUGUACCGUCAGUUGCCCCGUGACGACAACCUCCAGUAGUCCCACGGCGGCGAGUUCGACGAGGUCUUCUACGACGGGGGUUCGGACCACAACUAGCCCCGGCGCGGCGGUGCGAACGGGUGUGGCUGCUGGUGCGGCUCUGCUUGCGGGGCUUGCCGCAUUGGCUUAG